UACUUUCGGGCAUCUGGGAGAGCCGGGGUGGUUGAUGCAAUCAUAUGUAAUGAUAUUUGUUUCCUCAUAAUUAUAUGUGAAUUUUUCUGUCGGUUUCAUAUCUAGAGUUUGAUUACAACCCAAUGGCUGACAGUGACAAGGCUGGGGAUACCAGCACACCCCAGGAGGCGGGUGGUGACUCGCUACCACGUGUCAAGAGUGAGAAGGAACUGAAGAAAGAGAAAGCAAAGCAAGAAAAGCUGGCAAAGUUUCAAGCCAAGCAAGAGAAACUAGCAGCUCAGAAACAACAGACGAAAAAGGAGGGAGAGCAGAAAAAGAAAGACACAGGAAAAGAAAAAGUAAAAGUGACUUAUGAUAUUCCUACAAAGCCUGGAGAAAAGAAGGAUGUCAAAGCUUCCAUGCCAGACGCCUACAGUCCCCAGUAUGUGGAGGCAGCUUGGUAUGACUGGUGGGUCCAGUCUGGGUUCUUCAAACCAGAGUAUGGGGGCAGAGACCUGACAAAGUUGAAGCCUGAAGAGAAGUUUAUGAUGGUUAUUCCACCUCCUAAUGUGACUGGGUCCCUGCAUUUAGGUCAUGCCCUUACUAAUGCUGUGGAGGAUUGUAUUGCUCGAUGGCAGAGAAUGAAAGGAAAAGUUGUUUUGUGGAACCCAGGUUGUGACCACGCUGGUAUUGCCACACAAGUCGUGGUGGAGAAAAAGUUGAAGCGAGAGAUGGGAAAGUCCAGACAUGACCUCGGGAGGGAGGCAUUUGUGGAGCAUGUGUGGAAGUGGAAAAAUGAAAAAGGAGAUAGAAUUUAUCAUCAGCUUAAAAAGUUGGGAGGAUCUUAUGACUGGGAUAGAGCUUGCUUUACAAUGGACCCAAAAUUGUAUCGUGCUGUAACUGAAUCAUUUGUCCGAUUACACGAUGAUGGAUUCAUCUACAGAAGUGUACGACUCGUGAACUGGUCGUGUGCUCUGAAUUCUGCCAUAUCUGAUAUUGAGGUGGAGAAAAAAGAAUUAAAUGGCAAAACCAUGCUUGCUGUACCUGGCUACAAAGAGAAAGUAGAGUUUGGAGUGCUGGUGUCUUUCGCUUAUCCUGUGGAAGGAUCAGAUGAGAAGAUCAUUGUAGCCACCACUCGUAUUGAGACCAUGUUGGGAGACACAGCUGUGGCGGUACAUCCAGACGAUGAUCGUUAUAAACAUCUACACGGAAAGACAGUGCGACACCCACUGGUGGACAGAGUUCUCCCGAUUGUGGCGGAUAGCUUUGUGGACAUGGCGUUCGGAACAGGUGCUGUAAAAAUCACACCCGCCCAUGAUGUGAAUGAUUAUGAAGUCGGUGUGAGACAUAACUUGCCAUUUAUUACCAUUAUUGAUGACAAUGGAAACAUUACAAAUGACUGUGGAGAAUUUUCUGGAAUGAAGAGGUUCCAGGCCAGAAAGGCUGUCCUACAGGCUCUGAAACAGAAGGGUCUCUACAUAGAAACAAAGGACAAUCCUAUGGUGGUACCAACCUGCAGUCGAUCUAAAGACAUCAUUGAGCCCUUAUUGAAGCCCCAGUGGUAUGUGAAGAUGGAGAAGAUGUCUGAAGAUGCAGUAAAGGUUGUGAGAAAUGGAGAACUCAAAAUUAUACCAGAGAUGCACAAGAAAACAUGGUACAACUGGUUGGAAAACAAUAGAGAUUGGUGUAUAUCUCGACAGCUGUGGUGGGGACACAGAAUUCCGGCCUAUUUUGUGAAAGUGGAGGAUCCCUCUGUACCAUCAGGAGAGGAUACAGAUGACAAGUAUUGGGUGUCGGGGAGAGAUGAAGAGGAAGCAAAGGAAAAAGCUGCAGCCAGAUUCAACGUCCCCAAGGACAAAAUAUCUCUAAAACAAGAUGAGGAUGUACUGGACACAUGGUUUUCCUCUGGCAUAUUUCCUUUCUCCAUAUUUGGAUGGCCUGACAAUACAGUAGAGUUGGAAGCCUUCUACCCUGGAACUCUGUUGGAGACGGGACAUGAUAUUCUCUUCUUCUGGGUGGCCAGGAUGGUGAUGAUGGGACAGCAGCUGAUGGGAAAACUCCCAUUCCAAGAGGUGUACUUACAUGCCAUGGUCAGAGAUGCUCAUGGAAGAAAGAUGUCAAAGUCCCUUGGUAAUGUUAUAGAUCCCCUGGAUGUCAUCUAUGGCAUAACACUGGAGGAAUUGCAUGAGCGUUUACUGGAUGGAAAUUUGGAAGGAAAGGAGGUUGAAAAAGCCAAGGCAGGACAGAAAGCAGAUUAUCCACAAGGAAUACCAGAAUGUGGAACAGAUGCCCUCCGUUUUGCCUUGGUGGCUUAUACUUCACAAGGUCGGGAUAUAAAUCUGGAUGUGCUUCGGGUACAGGGUUACAGAUUUUUUUGCAAUAAACUUUGGAAUGCAACAAAGUUUGCAUUGACAGCAUUAGGUCAGGAUUUCAAACCUGAUACCUCUUUUCAGUUUAGUGGCAAAGAGAAGGAAAUGGAUGUUUGGAUCGUGAGCCGUCUCAGCCUUGCUGUAGAACUAUCAAACACAGGAUUUGAGAAUUAUGACUUCCAAUCAGCCACUACAGCAUGCUAUAACUUCUGGUUGUAUGAACUCUGUGACUGGUAUCUGGAGUACAUGAAGCCUGUGAUCUAUGGAUCAGAUGAAGAAGCCAAGAAAGUCACCAGAAAUAUUUUGUACACAUGUCUUGAUGGAGGCUUAAGACUGCUGCAUCCUUUCAUGCCCUUCAUUACAGAAGAGCUCUACCAGCGGUUACCACGGAGAACAGAGGGCUGCCCACCCAGCCUGUGUGUAACCUCCUACCCUGAGGCAAAGAAUUACUCCUUCAGAAAUACAAAAGUUGAAGGGGAGGUGGAGUUUGUACAAAACAUUGUGAAGUCUCUACGUUCUACGAGAUCUGACUAUUUACUUACUGGAAAAGACAAAGCAGAGGUGUACAUCAAGUGUGCAGAUGACCAGACAGCAGAUAUAGUACGGCCCCACGAGACUCUGAUACAGGCCACCACCAGUUCCAGUGCUGUCCAUGUAGUCACCACCCAGGAACCACCAGAGGGCUGUGCCAUUCAGAGUGUGUCCAUCAACUGUCAAACCUAUCUCAUGCUGAAGGGAUUGAUUGAUUUUGAAAAAGAGAAGGUGAAGUUGGAGGGUAAAAAAGAAAAGUUAGUGGCACAGUUGACCAAACUUCAAGAUUCCACUGCUGUUCCAGGGUAUGAGGAAAAAGUGCCAGAAAAAGUCCGCACACAAAACACAGAGAAGAUGAAUGAAAUCAAUAUUGAAGUGGAGAAAGUCACUGAAGCUAUUGCAACCAUCUCUAAGCUACAAUGAAAGAACAUGUCAAAACUUGGUCAAUUAUUUGACAUUUUUAUUUGUGAUCACCCUGUUACCUUUUCCAUUAUUUAUUGUACAAUGACUGAAAGACAAGGACACGGUCCAAACACUGAGUGAAAACAUUGAAUUUGGAGAGGGAGAUUGAUUGGACAAGUUAUAAUGUAACAGAAACCAUAAAUGUAGAGCUUGUGAUAAUAAAUGUCUGGAUUUAUA